UAUUGGUAAGCUAUCUGGAUGGAAAACUUCAUACUUUGUAGUUCCUGUCUAGAAGGCCAGUAAUCAGCAUGCAGAGAUGCAGAUUGGAUGUCCUCGCACAUGUGCCAUGAAUCAGACUCGGGAACGAAGGAUGUGCAAAAUAUCCAAACUGCUCAAUUCAAAACCAUGAAUAAAAAUGUGAACUCGAGUUGUGAUUCUGGCCGUCAGAGUCAGCACAAAAAAGCUAAGAAGGAUCACGGAUCGACACCAGCUACUCUUGGUCAAAAAGCAGAUGUGAAAGACGGGGCACUUGAAAAAGAUGCUUAUUCUGUUGGACAUGAGAGAAGCAUUGAGGUCAACGUCGCUAUGAAAAAACAAGCUAAGAAGGAGGCCAAAUCCACUCAUGUUGACAGUCAUUCUUCGCAGCAACAUCUGAUUAGCACAUCAGCUGCUGAAGAUGAAAACAGUGAGAUGGACCUGUACAGGGGAGAAGAGGAAAUAGAACAGGAACUAAUAGAGAAGCACCUGUCAAAGUCAGUCCCUCCAGUGGCUGUUGGUGAGAGCCAGAGCAGUGUGCUAGCUCCUGAGGAUCUUCAGACCUACAGCAAGAGAGAGUGGAAAGGCAACACCACCAAAAGUCGCCUUAUCCGAAAGGGAUAUGAAACAAUUGCCAAUAUCUUCGAUCUACGUAGAGUAAGAGGUGAUAACUAUUGUGCCCUGAGGGCGACGCUCUUCCAGGUGCUCAGCCAGUCAGAACAGCUUCCUGCCUGGUCACAAGAUCCUGACAUCAUUAAAAUCGAGUCUGAUAAGGAUUUGAUUCAGGACUGGCAGUUUCCAUUUGAAAGCAAGAGGAGCAAAGUGGAGCUGAUGGAACAAUGUCUGGAGCUCCUGAAGAAAAGGUUGCAGGAGGCAGUCCAGUGUAAAAGUCCUAUGGAGAGGGAGCUUAUAUGCCAGCAGGUGUUCGUAGGUCUUGAUGAGGAGUAUGAGCUUUUGGAAGCUCUGAAGUUCCUGAUGUUGAGGAAUGCCAUUCAGCUACACUCAGAUAUGGUGAAAGGCUCUGAUGUACCCGAGUUCUGCUGGCUCCUCUUUGCUCGUGACACCUCUAAAUGCCCUCAGACCCUCCUCACCAACCACCUGAGACAUGUAGGCUUCAGUGGUGGACUGGAACAGGUAGAGAUGUGCCUCCUGGGUCAUUCCCUUCAACAGACGAUUCAGGUCUAUCGGCUCUACAAGUCUGACACCGAAGAGUUCAUCACAUACUACCCCAGUCAUCAUAGGGAGGACUGGCCUUGCCUGUGCUUGCUCACAGAAGAUGACAGACACUACAAUGCACUUGUACCCAAAAGUCAAACGUCUACCAAAUUUAAUAAAUAUGGUAGACCAAUGUGGAAUCAGCCCUCAGGUGGACAAUCAUACAUAACUACACGUCUUUAAAGAGUAUAUGACAAUCACUCACGAUCUGCAAAGCUCAGGAGUUACAAUCCCUGUUUUUUUCCCCAUGGCAGUUACUGGAUUUGCAUUUUGGGAUGUUUUUGCUUUCAAGUUUUAUGUAGUUUUAAUGACUAGUUUAUCCGUAUUCUGCUACCUAAAGGUAGGCAAUGUAAAAUUUUAAACCAAAUGUUACGGUAGGUCUUUUUAAAAUUAAGGAUGAAACGAUACAUUUUUAUAUUAAUUGAGUGCAAUGGUUUUCUGAGACACCAGCUGAUUUUUUCAGUUUAUAAGGUUAAUUAUUGAUUUGCAUAUUGCAAUAAAAUCA